AUGGGAAUCGUGCUCACGGAGCAGGCAAUCCGAGCCGAACUGAAAAAUGAGCUGUCCUCGUUGGUGCACGAGAUUGAUCUGAUUCCGGAGCUUGAUCAGUUGCUCGAUGAUUUCAUUGAGGUGAGGUCUCACUCAGCACAUCCUCACAACAAAGUGUCUUCUGUGUUCUAGAACAAAACGUGGAAUGAGGAUACCCAGGAGCUGUUUACCCGAAUCGUUCUAAAACCUUUCAAAACGUUGAGAACAUCAUUGCUCGUCGUGGAUUUUCAAAAUGAUUUUGUGUCAGGAAGUUUGAGUAUUAAGGUACGCAAAUUUGGUGAAGUUCCUGUAGAACUAGUUCAAGUUUUGAGGAAGGAGAUGCAGAAGAAGAUCCUUUGGAAGCACUGCCCCAUGUGAACCAUCUUCUCCAGGAUGUGAACUGGAACAUGAUAGUUUACACGCAAGAUUGGCACCCCUCCAACCACAUUUCCUUUUUCGAGCACGCGCGAAACCCGGACCGCGAGCUGGCGCCAGAGGACAAGAGCCGCAAGUUGCGUCCGUUCGAUAUUGUCCGUUUUGUGAAGCCAGUUUCCACGAUUCAAGUGCUUUAUCCGAGUCAUUGCAUACAAGGCGGAUGGGGUUCACAGCUUCAUCUCGGUCUGGAACGGGUCGACGGAGCACAUUACAUCAAGAAAGGCGCCGAUGUUUAUGUGGAUGCGUAUAGUGCGUUCAGUGAUAAUUGUGGAAUUAAACAGUGAGUUACUUGGGCGACGGGAUGAUUUCUGAAAAAAGUAAACUAUUCAGAAGUGAGCUCGAGAUGUUGCUACGUAAAAACGACAUCAACGCGGUGAUCGGUUGCGGUCUGGCCUAUGAUAUUUGUGUGAUGCAUACACUGAAAGACGCCUCCAAACAUGGAUUCCUCACUUGUAUCGUUCGAACUGGAAGGUUUGGCACACCAGGUACAAACAAAAAUCCACGUUUUUCCAGCAAAGGACUUUCGUCACUGAAAAUGGAGGAAGCCAACAAAAUGUUUCAAAAAAGAGGCGUGGCCAUAAUAGAUGAUGAAAUGGCUCGUCUGAUCUCCCGGAGGGAAGCCUUUCCAAUCGAAUGGGUACUGAUAUUUUGUGAUCUUUGUAACAUUGUAGGCCAACACUUUUCAAAUUCAUUUUUCAGAUUCGCCUGCUCGUUCAUCAAGCACACAACGAAUUGCACGGAAGGAAAUAAAGGAGAAAGAACAACUUUUAUUACCUUUUGGAAGGAUAUAAUAAUUUUCUGAUAAACAGACAGUACAUAAAAGUUUAUCUUUCUUGUGUGCAGUAUUUUGUGGUGUUUGCGCACACGGCAUCGUAUUCGACGGCAUUUAUUAUAGGGGCGCCGGACAGAAAUGGCGCGCUGUUCGCAAUCUGGCCGAAUUUCUAG